AUGGUUGACCACGUGUACACAGCGAGCACGGGUAUCAUGAGCCUACUAUUUACCAGUACGCAAAAUGGUGCAGAAGUUGGUACUGGUAUUGACCCCUUGUUGAGAGAAGCAAGGAAUUUAAUUGGUCCUAACAUUCCACAAAUCUUGGUUGAUUACAAUGUUGGUACUCAGAUCAAUUUGUUUGGUAGCUAUCCCACAAGCAAUGAUUUCGGUCCCAGCUUAGCAUUUGCCAUUCUAUUUGGUAUCGUGUUUGUUUUCCAUCUUUUGAUUUUCAUCAUCAACACUUCCAGAGGACAUUAUUUCUAUUUAUCUAUUGUUUGGAUGUUUUAUUCAAUCUGCAAAGUUAUUGGGUUUGGACUUAGAGUUCAAUGGUCAUACGAUGUUACCCAAAUCGCAGUCGGAUUGACUAGUGAGGUAUUUUUACUUGUACCUUCGAUUGUUAUCGUGUCAGCCAAUUUGAUAUUAGCGCAAAGAUUGUUUACAUGGAGACAUCCUGUUGGUGGUUCUAGAUUGUUGUUUUGGGGAUUCAUGAUGAUUACAUACUUCUUUGUUGUGAUUCUUAUCGCUGUGACUAUUUUGGCUUCAUUUGUUCCUUAUUUGAACUUUUUAAGUCAUAGGUCUUAUAGAAGUUGGAUCCACACAGUACAGUUUACAGCAAUCAUGGUUAUCUUGUACUCAUUGACAUCGGUUGCAUUGAUUGGAUUGAGUUUCUGGUUACCAACGAAAAAGGAUGAGUUGAGAUAUACUUACCAACCAUGGUGGAUUGAAAGUUUUGCACCAUUUUAUUUUGUGGAGAAACAUGCCGCUCAAAAAGCUGAACAUACAUUUAUGAAGAGAAAUUCCAACCAUAGACAUGCCACAAGGGUUAUUGCUGCAACUCACCAUCAUUUCCAUAGCGUCAAGGGAUUGACAAACAAAAGAGGUACCCUUAAGCAUAACAUAUCUAUGGGAAUCCUCAUUGUGACAACUGUGCUUAUUUUCAUUGCCGCAAUUUGCCGAUGCGUCGUGGUCUUUCAAGCUAGACAACAUCGUUUUGCUGGUCCAGCAGAGAACAAGUAUUUGAUGUAUGUGGUAUGGGGUGUCUUUGAACUUAUUGUUAUGAUAUUAUACAUUGUUGGCAGGAUUGAUCUUCGUUUCUACCGUCCAGAUAGAUUACCAUUGGAGGUCAGACGUAUCAUUACCGCUGAACAAACUUACUACCCAAGUUCAGACGAAGAUGACGACGGGUUCCACAGAGAUAGGCCAGAGACGUACGAAAAGAUGCGUCGUGAUAAUAUCGCUCAUGGCUACAAAAACUCGGAAUCAAGAAUGGAACCAGCUCAUUUCUAUCCCGAACGUGAUGAUGGACACUACGAUGAAGAAUCUGCAUUUGAUGAGGAAGGUGGAGACUCAUUCGACGAUGAUGUGGAUUCUGAUGAGUGGGAUUUCACCGUGCCAAAAACCAAGACUGCAAGCUCCAGUUCAGAGGAUCAAAACGAAAAAUACCCACCUUACCCUGUUAACGAAAAGGCAGCAAGACAAAGUUCUGAUAAUGAAUCGGAAUUCCACUUUUAA